GGAGUUCACUACCCACAAGCCAACACCCUCCUUUCCAGUCGCAUCACCCACGGAUUGCUCUAACGACCACCAUUCAACGCCGCGUCAGCUUCUCUGACACACACGAUACUUACUCCUCACCUGAGUGCUUUUUUAGUAGAUAUAUCUUCGCCCUCCUAGCUAGGAGAGCACAAACCAGUUGCACAGCAAAUCAGACUCGGAACGAAACAACCUCCUCCAACCAAAACCCAAUAACCAGCCAUGUCGAGAAUAUCCAUUCCCAUCAGCAUGAUUUCCGACCGCUUCGGACUCGGCCGCUUCACCGAAGGUGCUAACCGCAUGCCUCUGGCCAACCGCUUCUCGAACAUUCGUCCUCUCGGCGAGUUCUUCGAUUUCAAGCGUAUCUCGAAGCCUGUGAACUUUGCUGAGGUCCAGAGCCGCGCCUCCUACAACCUGUCGUACUUCGCUAGCAACUAUGCUGUGCUCUUCGUCAUUCUAAGCAUCUACUCCCUCUUGACCAACCUCCUUUUGCUUUUUGUGAUCGGUAUCGUCGUCGGAGGCAUGUGGGGUAUCGGCAAACUUGCAGGUCGGGAUCUGGAACUCGGUCCUAUUAGAGCCACUCCCUCGCAGCUUUACACCACGCUGUUGGUUAUCGCGGUUCCCUUGGGCAUCAUCGCCUCUCCGUUCUCCACUGUCCUCUGGCUCAUCGGAGCUUCCGGUGUCACCAUCCUCGGACACGCAUCCUUCAUGGACAAGCCGAUCGAGAAUGCUUUUUCCGAGGAGGCGGUCUAAUGGUCCAGCCGCGAACUCCUUUACAUCAAGAAAGAUAUGGAUCAAUGGGGGGCGUAGCCGGGGGCGCGGUGGGAGAAGUAAUGCGGGCGGUUGGUGGGGGUCCGGGGAGUGGUGCGACGACAAAAAAUUCUUUCAACCUUUAUUCAAGUGCAAGUGCAAGUAGCGAAGAUUUAAUCAUCGAUGAUGUUAUGGUGGAGCGAGCGAGGCGGGCGCUCGAGAGGGCCAAGAGGAGGGGUGACGGUAUGGUGGAGAUGGAGGAAAGGGAGUGGGAGGCGUGGC